CUCUCGGGAGGGCACCUGGGGGAGGCAGCAUUGUGAAGACAACAGUGGCUGGGUCUCUGUCACUGAGGGUCUCUGCCACUGAUCACAUCAGCCUCAUCACUCUCCUGGGCUCCUGAGGCCUGCCGGACUCUGAGCAGCCGUCCUCCCUGAGGGACUGAGUGGUGAGAGGAGAGCAGGGGAGGGGGUGGCAGGAGAGAAGAGACUGAAGAGGAGGAAAAAGAGAGAGAGAGAGAGAGAGAGAGGGAGAGAGAGAGAGAGAGAGGGAGAGAGAGGAGAGAGAGACUGACAGACUGACUCCUGGGAAGAGAGGAAACCAGAGAAAGAGAAGGAGACAAAUGGACAAAGAGGGACAAUAAGCAAAGCAAGAGACAUAGAAGGACCCAUAGAAAGACAGAAACAGAGGCAGCAGGUAGGCAGUGGACACCACAGGAGCCACGGGCAGAGGACCUGGGAUGGCCCUGAGGACCCCUGGCAGGGUUCCCCUGCUCCUUCUGGGGCUGCUGACCACAGGCCUGGCCCAUUUGCCACCCCCUGCUUCCACCCCCCGAGGCUUCUGGGCUCUGCCUGAAAACUUGACGGUGGUCGAGGGGGCCACUGCUGAGCUGCGGUGUGGGGUCAGCGCCCCUGGCAGUGCGGUGCAAUGGGCCAAAGAUGGGCUACUCCUAGGCCCUGAUCCUAGGAUCCCCAGCUUUCCGAGGUACCGCCUAGAAGGGGACCCCGAUAGAGGUGAAUUCCACCUGCACAUUGAAGCAUGUGACCUCAGUGACGAUGCAGAGUACGAAUGUCAGGUCGGCCGCUCAGAGACAGGCCCCGAGCUCGUGUCCCCCAGAGUGAUCCUUACCAUCCUGGUGCCCCCCAAGGUGCUUCAGCUGACCCCUGAGGCAGGAAGCACAGUCACAUGGGUAGCUGGGCAGGAGUACGUGGUCAGCUGUGUGUCUGGGGAUGCAAAGCCAGCACCUGACAUCACCUUCAUCCAGAGUGGACAAACAAUUUCUGACAUCUCUGCUAAUGUGAAUGUGGGGUCCCAGGAGAAACUCUUCACCACAGAGGCCACAGCCAGGGUGACACCUCAGAGCUCAGAUAAUGGGAAGCUGCUGGUCUGUGAGGGGUCCAGCCCAGCAUUGGACACCCCUAUCCGGGUCUCAGUCACCAUGAAUGUUCUGUUCCCCCCAGGACCUCCUGUCAUUGAAUGGCCAGGCCUGGACGAGGGGCACGUGCGGGCAGGACAGAGCUUGGAGCUGCUGUGUGUGUCCCGAGGGGGAAAUCCGCCAGCCACACUGCAGUGGCUGAAGAAUGGCCAGCCCAUGUCCACAGCGUGGGGCACAGAGCAUGCUGAGGCAGUGGCCCGAAGCAUGCUAGUGAUGAUUGUGCGACCAGAAGACCACGGGGCGAGGCUCAGCUGUGAGGCCCACAACAGCGUAUCGACGGGAAUCCAGGAACGUGGGGUCACCCUGCAGGUCACCUUCCCCCCCAGUGCCAUUACCAUCCUGGGAUCUGCGUCCCAGUCUGAGAACAAGAACGUUACACUCUCCUGCAUCACCAAGUCCAGUCGCCCACGGGUCCUGUUGCGAUGGUGGCUGGGUUGGCGGCAGCUGCUGCCCACAGAAGACAUGGUCAUGGAUGGCCUGCAUGGUGGCCACAUCUCCAUGUCCAACUUGACAUUCUUGGUGCGACGGGAGGACAAUGGUCUGACCCUCACGUGUGAAGCCUUUAGUGAGGCCUUCACCAAGGAGACCUUCAAGAAGUCACUUAUCCUGAAUGUGAAAUAUCCUGCCCAGAAGUUGUGGAUAGAGGGCCCCCCAGAGGGACAGCGCCUCCGGGCUGGGACUCGGGUGAGGCUGGUGUGUUUGGCCAUUGGAGGCAACCCAGACCCAUCUCUUACCUGGUUCAAGGACUCCCGUGCGGUGACCGAACCGCGGCCGCCCCAGGAGCCGCGGCGAGUGCAGCUGGGAAGUCUGGAGAAGUCGGGGAGCACCUUCUCCCGCGAGCUUGUACUGAUCACGGGUCCGUCGGACAACCAGGCCAAGUUCACGUGCAAGGCGGGUCAGCUCAGCGCAUCCACGCAGCUUGUGGUGCAGUUUCCCCCAACAAACGUGACGAUUCUGGCCAAUGCGUCGGCGCUGCGCCCAGGGGAUGCCUUAAACUUGACUUGCGUCAGCGUUAGCAGUAACCCUCCUGUCAAUUUGUCAUGGGACAAGGAGGGGGAGAGGCUGGAAAGUGUGGCCAUACCACCCCGUAGUGCCCCAUUCAAAGGAUCGGCAGCAGCCAGGAGUGUCCUUCUGAGAAUGUCAUCCCGUGACCACGGCCACCGAGUGACCUGCCGAGCCCACAGCACUGAGCUGCGGGAAACCAUGAGCGCCUUCUACCGCCUCAAUGUGCUGUACCCUCCAGAGUUCCUGGGGGAGCAGGUGCUUGUGGUGACCGCGGUGGAGCAGGGUGAGGCACUGCUGCCUGUGUCUGUGUCUGCCAACCCUGCCCCGGAGGCCUUCAACUGGACCUUCCGGGGCUACCGCCUCAGCCCAGCUGGUGGCCCUCGGCAUCGCAUCCUGUCUGGUGGAGCUCUGCAGCUAUGGAACGUGACCCGUGCUGACGAUGGCCUUUAUCAGCUGCAUUGCCAGAACUCAGAGGGCACCGCGGAAGCGCUAGUGCGGCUGGAUGUACACUAUGCCCCCACUAUACGAGUUCUCCAGGACCCUACUGAGGUGAAUAUUGGGGGUUCUGUGGAUAUAGUCUGCACCGUUGAUGCCAAUCCCAUCCUUCCAGGGAUGUUCAACUGGGAGAGGCUGGGAGAAGAGGAAGAGGACCACAGCCUGGAUGACAUGGAGAAGAUGUCAAAGGGAUCCACAGGGCGUCUUCGAAUUCACCAUGCCAAAUUGGACCAGGCUGGUGCUUACCAGUGCAUCGUGGACAAUGGAGUAGCACCUCCAGCCCGAGGGUUGGUCCGACUUGUUGUCAGAUUUGCCCCCCAGGUGGAGCACCCCACCCCCCUAACUAAGGUGGCGGCAGCUGGAGAUAGCACCAGUUCUGCCACCCUCCACUGUCGUGCCCGAGGUGUCCCUAACAUCGUCUUCACUUGGACCAAAAAUGGAGUCGCUCUGGAUCUCCAGGAUCCCAGAUACACAGAGCACACAUAUCACCAGGGUAUGGUCCACAGCAGUCUCCUGACUAUUGCCAAUGUGUCUGCGGCCCAGGACUAUGCCCUGUUCACGUGCACAGCCACCAACCCCCUUGGCUCAGACCGCACCAACAUUCAACUCGUCAGCAUCAGCCGCCCAGAUCCCCCAACAGGAUUAAAGGUCAUGAGCAUGACCCCAUACUCAGUGGGGUUGGAAUGGAAGCCUGGCUUUGAUGGGGGUUUGCCACAGAGGUUCCAAAUCAGGUAUGAGGCUCUGGGGACUCCAGGGUUCCUCUACAUGGAUGUCCUACCACCUCAGGCCACCACCUUCACACUGACUGGGCUGCAGCCCUCUACACGAUACAGGGUCUGGCUGCUGGCCAGCAAUGCCCUGGGGGACAGCGGACUAAUGGACAAGGGGUCCCAGAUCUCUGUCACCACCCCAGGUCUAGACCAGCCUUCUGGACAACCUGACUAUCAACUGCCCACAGAGCAGCCUACAAGACCCUCAGGGCUGCCCCUGAUGCCUGUGCUGUUUGCUGUUGGGGGUCUUUUGCUGCUUUCUAACAUCUCCUGUGUUGGGGGAUUCCUCUGGCAGCGGAGACUGAGGCGUCUUGCUGAAGGCAUCUCAGAAAAGACAGAGGCAGGGUCAGAGGAAGACCGAGUCAGGAAUGAAUAUGAGGACAGCCAGUGGACUGGAGGCCAGGACACUCAAAGCUCCAUGGUUAGCACAACAGAUGUAGAGCCAUAUUACCACUCCAUGAAGGACUUCAGCCCCCAGCUACCACCAACACUGGAGGAGGUGUCUUAUCCCCGAGGUCUCACACAUCUUGAGGAGGAUAUGGCUUUUCCUGGACACCUGUAUGAUGAAGUGGAAAAACUGAAUGCCCCAUCUGGGGCCUGGGGACCCCUGUAUGAUGAAGUACCAAUGCAAUCAGAGGUGAGUGACCUUGUUGCAUGUGGUUAUUCCAGAAUUCAAGUUCUUUCCAUUGUGUUCCUCUGCUAUCUGUGAGUACAUGUUCAAAUUUGCAUGGAUAGGCCAGUCCUGGGGGUUUCAACUGGUGGGAUAGGGAAAAAUAGAGUGUGGUGGAGGCACAACCCUGCCUUAUGGCCCAGGCCCAGAAAUGGUACACUCUAUUCAUUCCUCAGUGAGAACACAGUCACAUGGCCACACCUAACUGUAAAGGAGACUGAGAAAUACAGUCCAGUUUGGAGAUAUAUGCCUCACUAUAGUUCUAUUAUUGUGGAAGAAGGAAUCUAUGCAUUCUGUUGGAUAAUUAGCCUUCUCCAAUACACUGGUUAAGUAGAGAGACAUAGAGAAAUAUUUUUUGGCCCAUUCAAUUGAAAAGUCAAGGGAAACCCAGAGUUUCCUCCCUAGAAAUGUCCCUAGAAAAUUCAGGUUUGUAUCCUAUUAGAUUGGAAAUCCUCAGAAAAAGAGAAUGUCUUUUUUCCAAUAGCCCUAAAGCCCCAGUGCUGACACUUUAUUAGUCUAGCUUUGGUCACAUACUUAUUGCUGAAACACUGAGGCAGGGGAAAGACUAUGCUAAGACAGGUCUGGAUCGGUGUCCAGCCAUGGCAUCAGGGAUUAGGGGCCAGUUUCACUCAAUCCACCAGCCCGAGUGGGAGAGGAACAGAGAGCCCAGAGGCAAGUGAAGAUGGUGGCUGGGCAGGCAAGAACAACAGACACUUUUAACCAUCAACUACCCCCACCUACUGCCCCACAGUAAGGGAGAUGGGUCAGAACCGUUGCCUUUCUGUGUGGCCUUGGCUAAUGCUCUGGCACCUCUGGGCCAAGGAUUUCCCUCUGUAACUUUGUCCCAGAGAGGGCACUGUUCUCACCAGCGUGGAAAUAGCAGGGCAUUAAAAAUGCUGUCCGUGGUGCUGAACCACAUGUGCCCUCUAAAGCACAGAUGCAGUCUGCACUCUUUCUGUAAGGGUCCAGAUAAUAAAUAUUUUGGGCUUUGCAGGACAUGCUGUCCUUUUCAAAACCACUCAGCCCUGCAGCUAUACUACAAAAGCACCCAUAGACAAUAUAUAAAUGAACAAAUGUGGCUAAGUUCCAAUAAAACUUCCUUUUUGGACACUGAAAUUUGAAUUUCAUAUAAUUUUAAUAUGUCAUAAAUAUUCUUAUUUUGAUAUUUUCCCAUCAAUUAAAAUAUGUAAAACCAUUCUUAGCCCCUCAGUAGUACAAAAACAGGCAGCAGACCAUAUUUGUCCCAUGGACAAAUCUGCUCUAAAGUUUGCCAAGCUAAAACAACCAUUUUCUCCCAAUUCCAGGGCAAAGCACAUGUACAGUAAGGAUCCUUCUACAUGGUCUUCUAUUUUGAUGAAAAUUUGGAAAUUUAUAGGACUAACAGAAUCACAACUCACAUUCUACAAUUCCUGAUAUCAUGCUUUUUUGUUUCUAUUUUAUUUUUUAAAAGAUUUUAUUUUUCUUUAUUUCUUUCAUUUUUUUAUUUUUGAGAGAGAGAGAGCAUGCAUGUGUGUACACAUAUGAGUUGUGGAAGGGCAGAGAGACAAAGAGGGAGAGAGAGAAUCCCAAGCAGACUCUGCACUCUCAGCACGGAGCCCGACAUGGGGCCUGAUCUCAUGAACCCGUGAGAUCAUGACCUGAGCCAAAACCAAGAGUCAGAUGCUUAACCAACUGAGCCACCCAGGCACCCCUUAAAGAUGUUAUUUUUAAGUUAUCUCUAUACCCAAAGUGGGGCUUGAACUCACAACCCCAGAGAUCAACAGUCACAUGCUCUACUGACUAAACCAGCCAGGCACCCCUCCUGCAUUUUUUAAAGUUUCAUAUUUCUGACAUUUACAUUAUUUUUCUGAAAAAAAUCACGAGAUAUCUUGGACUUGAGGCUCAUGGAGGCUCAUUAUAAUCACUCUCUUCUUUGUAUAUGUUGGAUUCCCUCCCAUAAUUAGAAACUAAAACAUUUUUUUUCUGGGAAUUUGAGUAGGAGUGUGUAUCCCUCCUAGAGCUGCAAUGGUGACCCACAGGGCAUCUCUCUAUGGUUCUAACUCCAACUU